AUUAUUAUUAUUAUUAGUCAUAUGUUUUUGAGGGGUCACGCUCUGUUGACCUACAUCAUCGCUGACGUCAGUUGUCAACGUGCUUACGUCAGACGCUUCUAAGCUGCCAUGGCAACGACGACCCUGUAACUGAAGCUGAGGAGCAGAUAGUUAGCAGCUGCUGGUCAACUAGUUAACUAGUUAUACGAUGUCAACCAGCUAGUUAGCAAAGUGUAAAUGAGCGCUAUGACUAAGGAGUGAGUCGGUGAGUCCUCGCGGGGUUUUGUGGCCGGUAAGCGCGAGAUGACCGUCCGCUUUAAGUGUAGAAGUGAAUACCAGAAGAGUUACAGGACGUCCCGCCCCAGAGGUUCUUCUCCUCAGCGCUGCGUCCCAUUGGCCGGCCUGCGCUCAGACCAGAUGGGUAAGAUCCCUGAAAGCAGAACUGGACGAGUCCCGUUUCAACUGUACGAGAGCAGAACAGGUAUCUGCAGAGAGCCGUGCUUCCAGAGCAGGAGGAGGUUCUCUCAGUCCUGUGGCUCUCAGCUCUGCCCUCCAGAUCCUCCACAGAAUCACAAAACAGCGCCCCCUGCUGCAUCCCAGAGUCGCUCUGCCCACAGGAAGGAGCCCCCGCACCCUCCUGGAGCUGACCCUGGACCUCCUGGAGCUGACCCUGGACCUCCAGGAGAACCAGAACCAGCUGCAAAGCCCCGCCCCCUAAAGCCUGACAGCCAAUCACAGCUGAGACAACCUGAUGGACAGCAGCCAGCAGCGAAUGAGGUGAAUCGCGCUCUGCAGUGGAGGGCGGGGCUUCUGUCAGGAGGUCAGAGGUCAGAGUACCACAGACAGUUCAGCUGGAAGAAAUCUGCAGCUGCUGCUUCGCCAAUACUGACCGCACAACAGGUGCUCCACAGCAGCAGGUCUGUGCCCCCCUUUAAGAAACACCCCGUUCCCAUGGAAACAGAAUAUCGCCGCAGCUUCCUGGGUCAAGCCCCGCCCCCAGAGCCCCGCCUCCGGAAACACCUGCAUCACACACACAAGACCAACAAGAAGAGGAGGGAGGAGCCAGAGAAGAAGCCCCGCCCCAAACAGGAAGUAGCCACCCCUCAGAAACAGGAAGUCCCGACCCCUCAGAAACAGGAAGUCCCGCCCCCCCCUCCUCCUCAGGUGCACAGAACAAACAGAAUCCCCGAGAGAAACGGAGCCUCGGACCGAGACGCCCGUCAGGUGGAGGAGUUGCGGCAGCAGGCGAUGUCGUACCGUCGUCGGGCGUGGGGAUCGAACUUCUGCAGAGACCACCUGAGCCAGCUGCUGUCCAAUCACAACGCUCUGUGGGAGGCGGCCAGCUCUUGCUCUUACCCCCCCUCCCCUCACCCUCUGACCUCUGACCCCCCGUCACCUGUGGAGGCUCUGGAGCUCAACAGUAACUCCAGUCAGAGGUCGACAGCUUCCGGAAGAACUAAAACUCCUGAGAGACGUUCGGUCUGGGGAGAAGAAGAAGAAACAGACGAGGAGGAGGGAAGGUUACCGACUCCGAGGCUGAAGAUACGACCGACUCAGAGAACUCACCAUGAUCUCACCACACCUGCCACUGGAGGCGCUAUACUGGUGGGAAAAAUGAAGAGCGGUAAUGAAUCAUCAGCAAACAAACAGAGAUGUGGCUCCUCUGUUUCCAUGGCAGCGGGGGCGGAGACUACAGUUGCUAUGCAGAUCACCCCGAAGGAGGCGUGGUCUGAACAUAACUCCGCCCACUCCAAAACAUCUGCCUCGUCCCCCGACAACAGGCCAACUGUCAGUCCUGCCUCUAAACCAAUCAGGAUGAAGCAGACUUCCCCUCCUCCUGUAGCCCCGCCCCCUCAGCACUGUAUUCAAGGCACUCUGAGGACCGCCGACUUCCAGCACAACGGUGAUCUGGGGCUGAGGUUCAGAGAGCAGCUGUGUUGUUCAGGAGGCUGCAGCCACCAUGAAGACGACCGUUUGUCGGCGAUGUCGUGGCGUUCGGCGACUUCCUGCUCGGCGGCGUCCGUCGUCCUGCAGCGAGCUCAGAGACGAGAGAGUUUCUGGGGAAAGAGAUGACCUCUGACCUCUGACCUCUGACCUCUGACCUCUGACCCCCACCACAGCUGAGUCUAACCACUACUGUACAGUUAUUAUGGGAUCGAGUUAAAUAUCAUGUUUUUUUUAAUAGCUGGAUUCAAGGUGCUAAUAAUCACGCUGUGUUUUUAUAAUGAAGUCAUAGAUGCUUUCAUGUCAUUAUGUGUAUGUAGUAAUUAUGUUGAGGACUCUUUAAAGUAGAGACACUACAUACUGAUAUACACCUGAACAUCAGCAGGAGAGAACUCUUUAAAGUAGAGACACUACAUACUGAUAUACACCUGAACAUCAGCAGGAGAGGACUCUUUAAAGUAGAGACACUACAUACUGAU